AUGGCUAUCGACAGGUUUAUUUCUCGAGGAGGGGGCUUUUGCUCCAAGGGGAUGGACGCUUCCCUCCGAGAUGUUGGUCUCGAGGCUAUGUGCCCGUCUCACUACGGGAGGACCACCUCGGAUUUUAUGUGUCGGUAUCUACGGCGAACUGAAGAUGAUCUGAAGGAGGCCUUGAGUCAGAUGACAUUCAAGAGUGUGGGUGUGCUCUGUGAUGCAUCUCCCAAAGCAAAGAUGGAUAUUUGGCUUCCGAUCAUCGUGAUGCCGAACAAGAUUGGGCUUGCUACCCUGCAAAGGCUGAGUGGUUUGCUCCCUUCAAACGCGAGCGCCGAAGAGAAGAUGGAAGUCGCCGCCAUGGUCGCCGACUCCCGUACUCGCAAUGUGGUGGCCGAGACAAAGCAGAAGGAUUUGAAAAAACAACUGAAGCUCGGUGAGCAUUCAUUGAAGCAUCCUGCUGCUGUGAUGAACAUCCUGAGCCAUGUCGGGAUGGAGCUGGAUGCCUUCUUCCCCGAGGAACCAUUGACUGCAACAGUCUGCGGCAUGGAAGAGAGGCGGAUCCUUGAGCACAACUCCCAGAACUGUGCAUACAUCUUGAACAAAGAGACGGGGCGGGUCCGCUGGGACACGCCGAUGCACUCCGCCACGCAGGGCAUCCGCCUAGUGCUUUGCGCCGACCAAGGAUCCCCUCUGCACACCUGUUUUCAGUUCUUAGCAUUGUCGGGAGCGAGCAUCUCUUUGAUUCGCGACGAGCUGCCCCCCGGUGGCAACACGGUUUUCAUUGUCCGUACACCAUUGAACCGCCCAGCGACUUAG